AUGGCUACUAUAAUCAGCUUUCAAGUGGAAGUUGAGGUUUGGUGCCUUCUGGUCGUCUCGGCGUCCAAGCACCUGAAUGAAGGUGCUGGCGUCUGGCGGAGCGCGGCCUGGAAAUUUAGGAAUACGAUUAAAAUAAAUGUAAACAGUAAACAAAAGCGUGAACUUCUUCUUUUGCUCUUCAAGCAUCAACCUCAAAGGCGCAUUUACCACCGGCGAAACCUCGGGUCAUCAGCUUCCUGCCGGAUAAACAUGGCACCGACUUCCGGCGAUGCGCCGAAAACUCUCGGCGCUGGUUGGCGCACCGACGACGAGAGCAUCGUCGCCGACCUCAACGCUGAGAGAUUAGACAGCGCAUCCCGGUCCUCGUCUCCCGACACCGUGAUAUUCGACCCCGACUUCGCGACAGGGACCUUACUACGACGCCAAUCAGGACACCGAGCUUCUGGCCUCUUCCCCCUCCCCCCACCACCAACCCUGGGCUCCCAGCCCGACAAUACCCCGUAUAAAUUUCCCACGCGUGCCGCCCCCCACAAGCUCACCGAAGCUCCACCUGAGGCCGCCAGACGCUAUACCUUAGGCCAACCGCUGCCGGACCAGCCGCUCGAGUUCCCCGUAAUCGACACGUACCGCGCGCCGCCCCAGCCUCACCGUCAGCCUCCCCCAACGCCAAGAUUCGCCUGUGCACCCUUCGAUAAACCUCCACCACCACCACCCCAAUCACCGCACCGCAGCAACACGACACCGAAACUGAAACUCCUCCGCGGCUCACCCGAGCGCUCCCCCAGCCGAACGCAGAACCCCAGCUCGCCGCCUCGCUUCCGGAUCCGAGGAAACUCCCACGCGCCUCCCCAAAACAAUAUGAGCUACCAGAACUACCUCGACACACCACAGACCGGAUCAGCACCUGGACCCCGCCAGGCCCCAUCGCCAUCGCAAGGAAUGCCUCACGCGAACGGCGCCAAUGGCGUCCCUGCCAUGCCGGGGAUGAUGGGCGGACUGCCUACACCGGCUGGUCAUCAGUCGGAUCUCAAUGUCAUCUACAAUAUGGUCGAGACGCUGCACAAUGAGCUCGCUGAGACGCGCGCACGCAGCGAGCGUAUCGUAGCUGCUGCUGGGAUUAUUCGCGCCCGCGCCCUCGAGCAGAACCUCACUGCUGAACAGAUCGCCGCCGGCGUCGCUGCUGAGCUUAAUGAAGGCACCAAAAACCUCGAAGAAGAGAACUCCCGCCUCCGCCACGCCCUCUCGCACGCCACCCACGAAGAAGCAGCCUACAAGACCCUCUGCGAAGAAUUCGCCGUCACAAUGGGCAACGCCCUCGAGCUCGGGCACGCCUACAAGCUCAAGACCACGCUGGACAUGUGCGCAUGGCACCGUUCCUACCGCGAUCAGCUCGCUGCCGAGCGCGCCGAGAACCUCGAACUCCGCUGCCGAAUCAGCGAUAUGCAGGCCUCUGCAGCGAGGGGGAUGGAGCAGAUGCGGUUGUUUAGGAGGGGCUGGGAUAGGAGUGAUCUCGUGAUGGAGAUGAGGGCUGAGAUUGUGAGUUUGAGGCAGCAGGCGAGGGGGUGGAAGAGAGUGGCGCUGUCGGAGUUGGCGAGUGAUGAUAGUGAGUUUAGUGAUGAUGAUGAUGUGGUUGAUCCGGAGGAGAAGAAGAGGUUGAGGAGGGUGGAGGAGGAGAAGAGGGGGAGGGAGGAGGGGGAGAGGGGGGAAGGGGGGGAGGAGGCGGAUGAGGAGGGGGGGGCGAUGGUGAAGGCGUUGGAGGGGACGAGGAUUGCGGGGGAGGGGGAGAUUACGAUAUGAGCUUCCUUGACUACUUGCGAGGGGUUUAUUUCCUGAGAAGAGGUCCGUUUGGCGGCGCAUUGCAUGAAGGGUGUCUGGGUUAGCGUGGAGUUGGGGGGUUAUAUUUGUUUGAGUAGUUAUGGGGCGGGCGCCGAGUAUGGUUGCCGCGUUCGUAUGGCUCGGCGGUGUUGUGGCACUGGUCGAUGCGGUUAUCUUGCUUUGCAUUUGUAUUAUAGGAAUCUUACUACAGAGGAGGUCUGCCGAUGAUGGCACAUGACCAUACAAGGAAUGGAAAAUUUGCGGAUUAUAAUUCACAUCGCUUCAAGUUGAUUGUAUUACAGGUCGUCACAAAUUCACCACGGCAUGGUAGUCCAAAGACAUUGGAAGACUGUGACUGAAAAUGGUAUGGCACAAGACCAUACAAACAAUGGAAAAUUUACUGAUUAUAAUUCACCC